AUGGUGAAGUUAAGUCAUCUUGACGUCUCGGCUUUUCUAUCUGUGGCAUUCUUCAUCACAAUAGCGGCUAAUGAUUAUGGGCCUAUAUUAAAUCGGAUAAAACGUGUACCGUGGAAUACAAAUUACUAUGGCACAUAUGAUAAUCCACACCCACCAGUUUGGGCACCGUAUCAACGUACUUCGUCUGCAGCUCGACCGUUUUGGCUUCCAAAUGAAAGGCAAGUUAUUCAGAGCCAGGAUUACAUAGAGCAGAACCAAUUUAGAGGCUAUCCAUAUACCAAAACUCCACCCUGUGAGAACUGCAGAAAGGCUGGAGUUACAAGCAAUUCACAAAGCGAUACGGGUGAUGCUAUCUCAAUUGCGAUAGCUGCAGCACAAAACGAAGGAAGACAUUUAUCGAAACAUAAAUGUCAAUUCGGUGCCUGUGGGGGAGGCAACUUUGGGGGAGGGUUUGGAAAUUAUGGGGGGUACCAGCAAGGGUACCCGUACCCUCCUAUCAAUAUAGGGAUUAGUCAGUCGCAGGCGUCUUCACCGGGCUAUAAUAGUGGUUAUUACCCAUUUUACAACCAAAACAAUCAGUACAAUGGUUAUCCUUCACAAAACUAUGGACCAUAUUCAAAUUUUGGACCAUACGGUCCAGGAUUCGGAGCUGGCGGUUAUGGACCCUAUAACAGACCAUUUGGAAAUGGAUUUGGCCCUGGAUAUAAUAAUCAAUUUAAUGGAAACUACUAUUUAGGGGAUACUGGGAACGGUUAUGGCUUGGUGAAGAGGUUCAGCGACAAUUAUGAAUACGACAACUUAAACGAGGAUGACGAAAGAUCAGCAAAUAGCAGACUGAAACAGUCAUAA